UUGAUGGCUAUAAUUUAAGAAUUGUUUCAUCAACUUGUGAUCCAUUGCCUCAUUGAUGUUAUUAUACUAGAUCGCAUCUUCUUUGUCUUUACCUAGGGGUUAUUACACGGAGCAUCAGCUGCAAGAAGUCAAAAUAGUGUGAUAUAGGUAAUUGUUUAUUUAUGUAUAAAGGAUUUUAAUUUAAAAGGAAAAUGGCUGCUAAUAUGUUUAUGUCUUAAAUCUGGACAACUAAUGUAACUUCUUAGAUACAUGAUUGAUAUGAUUAUUUCUUCAAACAUUGUUGUUAUUCCACUACAAAUACUGACUCUUGUUCUAUUGGACGCCAAUCAUAUUCUUGUGAUAAUUCUAUUACAAUAAUAUGUGUGUAAAUAUGUCACUGUCAUUUAUCCAGCUAGCUUUAAAACAACUAAACGAUAAAAACUUUUAUUAACUUCUUUCAUUGAGAAAUAUAGUCCCUUAAUUUACCAUUGA